UCGCGUAUACUCCUUGUUCCAGCAUAGCCGAGUCGAAUCUUGGCCUCGUCUAUGUCCGGAAUUUCAAACUCUGGGUGUUCAAUAGGUCAUAUUAAUUCACGCGCACCACUCACCAUAUGACUCAUCAUGACAAGGUAUCUCUGAUCUCCGAGGAUCGCUAUGUUCAGCGGAAGUGGGAGCUGCAGAGUCCGGGACCAGUAGCAGCGAGCACAUCGAUGACGAAACGUUUGAUAAGACAAAUCUACGCGUAGGGCCUUGCAUCGCUCGGUUUGAAGUUCCCAAGGCCGGAGGACUGCUUUGGUAUUGGUUCAAAAGGGUCGCUCUUGUGGUUCAACAUGACCCACCUCCAUAUCGAAUAUCACGGUUACUUCACACGAAUACUUUCCUGUCGCACUAGUCGGCAUUUCCGCAGAGCGCCCAACUUAAGCGGUCAUCAUCAUCAUGGAACAAGCAAUCUUGAUUAUACAUCGUUCUUUGACUUCCUCAUGAAUGAACGCCAAGCUUAUGAGAAAAUCCCGGGCGAUAGAUUCAACAUAGACGCUCUUAAGGGAGUGAACAUCGGUGAAGUGGCUGAUUCACAUGGCGCAUUCUUAAAAGAUUUAGAUUUAUGCGAUCAUAUCGAAUUCGGAAUCAGCAGCAAGGACGCCAGGAUGAUAACAAUUAGAACACGAAAGCUCAUCGAGUUGUCAUUCCUGGCCUUGUUAGACUCUAGAAUCGAUUAUCGAGGGGAGAAUACUAGCGCUUAUAUGGCAAGCGUCGCCCAUGACGCUUGGAUGAUUUCCGGCGAGGUUUGUGACACCUGUCUUAUGUCCAGCUGGCUCACCCCCAGUAUUUAAGGAUGAAACUGAAGCUCGUGGUUCAUUGGUGCAUUCACCUUCAAUGGUUGCUAAUCGUGUGUAAUACCACCUGGACCUACGCGGACCUUCAUCGUACGAAGCCUGGAACUCCGACCAAGUUGGAACGUCACCGAGAAAUUUUCCAGGCAGUCUCUCGACCCGACGGGACUGGACACAGACAAGGUCGUGUAUUUGGAAGGCAAUCUAGACAAAGAUUACUU